AUGGAAGGAAGGACGGCCGUGAGCGACGGCGCCGAUGCCGGGAAGAAGAAGAUUGCUCCGGCGUGCGAUGUGGAGGCGCUGAAGAAGUGCUUGGAGGAGAACAAGGGGAACUACGCUUACGCUAAAUGUCAAUCCCAGAUCGAAGCUUUCAAGUCCUCGUGCUCCGUCAAGAAACCAACUACUUCGUCGUAA